AUGGCGUAUAAUCCGCGCAUGUCCAUCAUCCCGCCGUCGCAGCAGCAGUCGCGCGGCAAGACCAACAAGCGAGAGAAGGAAGAACAGGACCUGAUGAUCCUACGCGACGCAGAGAUCGUGGGCUGCAUCCGCGACCUCGGCUUCACCAAGUUUGACUUCUCCGACCUCGAGAAGCCCAACCCGCUGCAGGUGCAGAUGAUAUUCGAGCUGUUCGCCGAGAAGACGAUGAACGUGACGCGCGAGACGGUCGACCCGGCGAUGCGCGCCGCCGCCGAGGAGGUUUGUGGCAGUGCCGACUUUGGCGAGGCGCUCAUGCCCAGCGACACGCGCAACCUCAUGGGCUUCUACGCCGCCUUUCGCCAGCUGCUGGUCGCCUGCGGCGUGCCCGACUUUAGCUUCUCCGACAUGUACAAGCCAACUCAUAAGCGCCUGGUGCACCUGCUUUCGUACCUCAUAAAUUUCGUGCGCUUUAGGCAGGGACACGCCGAGCUGUUUGUCGAGCACUUUGACCGCGUUCAGGAGACCAAGAACAGGAUCGACGUCCUGUACUCGGAGAAUCAGGAGAUGGACGCCCGGCUGGACGACAUGAGGCGCAAUCGGAGGGCUAUGGAGAGCUUGGCCCAGGAAAAGACGCGGCGGAACGAGGAUCUCAAGCGCCGUCUGCUGGAGCUGCGUCGGAACCAGGAGCGCGUCGCCGCUCGUCUGGAGGAGGCCAAGGCGCGAAAGACGGAGCUGGCGCAGCAGCUUGAGCAGAGAACGGCCGAGAAAUUGAGCCUCAAGCAGGAGAGCUCCAAGCUACGGCCAUACACACUGCAGAGCCCCUCGGCCCUGCAAGCCAGUUUGGCGGACCUGUCAAACACGCUCAAUGGCGAGCGGGCGCACAUCGACUCGCUGGACCGAAGGGCACGCGCGCUGCAGACCUCUGCGGACUCUUUCACCGUAGUCUGCGCGGACGUGGCGUCGUGCAUCAAGCUACUCGACGAGAUCGCAACCGAGCUGGCCAAGGAGGACGAGGAGAGCGCAAAGAAAUCCAGGCAGCGCGACGCGCUGGCCGAGCGCGGUGCCGAUGUCAAGGAAGUCGAGCGUGCAGAGUCGUUACUCCAACGCCAGUUGGCCAAAUGGAACGAGAGGACCGAGCGGCUGCGCGAGCAGAGUUCGCAGCGGGCGCAGGAGGCAAAGAAGAAAAUGGAGGAGCUCAAGGCCAUACACAAGAAGCUCAACGAAGAGCGGACGGAGAAGGGCCGCGAUAUAGAGACGAGGAGAGUCCGGAUUGAGCAAACCGAGAAAAAGAUGCUUGAUCUGAAAGAACAAAUCGAGCAGGAGGUUCAUAAUGCCCACGAUGAGUACCUCAAAAUGGAGGCACACAUCAAGCUUUACAUGACGGAAAUGGAGCAGUCAUUAUGA